GAAUCUGCCAGCGCAUUCAUCCCCAGUCGUCGCCUAAGAUCGGGCAAAGGGCCGAAGCCACACGGCGCCGGCGGCUAAUCUCUCGUUCCAGUCCCGCUGAUAACACAGUAGCCUGCUUGCCCGUCCUGCAUCUGCCAUCUCAAGUCGUCGAGGGACCCUUGGCAAUGCGGGAGGGAACGGCUGAGAAAGAUGUCAAGAUUUCUCGUGCCCAUGAAUCUUGAACGGACAAUCCAAAGUGCAUGACAUCCGCCAGCUCUCAAUUUCCAACCCACUUCAUGCGAUUUCCACACUCGCACCGAAGCUCAGAAGACGCGGGCUACGAUGGCAGAGCGCUUCUAACCGGCGGAUAUCGCGGCAAAUACAGCAAUCCUUCAGUUCGAAGCUUGUCGAGCGACCGAAGACUCCAUCGGCGCUAGAGCCACCCCUCCAGUUUGUCUCAGUUCAUCACAAAGCUUGGGCGAAUCUCCGCUAAACGCCGCUCGCGAUGUCAACAUCAUCCGAAGAGCUUACCCCUUACCUAGGUCUCAUCGGAGCCGGAUCAACACUUGAGUUGAUCAACCGGCGGACGUCUCGAAGAGGGCUUUACAACCACAUGCUUCUAUGUGGCGCAGCCAUCUCGAUGGGAGGGAUUGCGAUCUGGUCCAUGCAUUUCGUAGGUAACAGAGCAGUCACUCUCCUCAAUGGAGAGCCAGAGCUGCAAAUAGCCUACUCGGUCCCUAUCACGGCCCUCUCCUUCUUCGUGCCCAUCGUCGUCCUCCUCGUCGCAUUCCUCGCCGUGUCGACGACGAACAAGGUAUACUGGUGGCGCAUCGCCUUGUCGGGAUGCCUAUCCGGGUGCGCCAUCUGCGGGAUGCACUACCUCGGCAAUGCAUCCAUCAACAACUACCGAUGCAUUUACGCCGUCGCCAACGUCGCGGGCGCCGCCGUGAUCGCCGCCGCUGCGAGUACUGUCGCCCUAGCGCUAUUCUUUGUGUUCAGAGUGGCAUGGACGAACUCGCUGUGGAGGAGAGUGGGAUGUGCAAUCGUACUGGCUGGUGCAGUGUCGGGCAUGCAUUGGUGUGCCGCGAUGGGCACGAGCUACGAGUUGCUGCGCUUAAACUUGAAGGAGAGUGGCUCUUCUCGGGAUACAACCGUCAUCCCGGUUAUAUGUCUCUCAAUUGGCGCCUGCUUCAUCAUGGCAGGCAUAGCGAUUUACUCGGCACGGAUACGCAAGGGCUAUGCAAGUAAGGCCCAGCGAAUAGUUCUCGCUUCUGCAGUGUUCGACAAACGGGGGAGGAUUCUAGUCACGCCCGAUGGCGUGCUCCCCAGUGAAGAGAUCACGGACUCUUUUCUCCAGAAGUCUCAUGAUGCUGUCUUCAGCACGGCACAUCCGCUCUUUCACUGGAUGUUCCGGGCAUCUCGAGAGUGGUCAAGUCUCUUGCCCCUAAUUGGGCGUAUGAACAGUCAUUUGGCCGGCCUUCCGCACAAACCAGGCAAUAACAGAAUUGGGAUAAAGUUGAUUCAUGAGGAUGGCAAACUAGCAGACAACUACGAUAUUAUAUUCCGCGAGCUAUUCUGCCUGGCUGCUGCUACACUGGCUGAGAAGAUGCGAGAGAGUCUGACAGAUGUGGGCAUAUUGUGGGAUGAAAUCUUCGCCACAGGAACACCCUGUCCCGCUUCCCGGGACGGCGACGAUUUGGCUCAGAAGCGACAGGGUCCUCGCUCCCGGGAGUAUGCUCCGGGUUCCCUAAUGAUUCUGGUACGCCGGGUGGAAAGCCAGCGUCUUGUUGACAAGCUGGGAGCAAUGGGAUACCUCUUUGCAGAGGUGCGUCAGGUGUCGCAUAUCAUCGGCACCCGGAUGCAGAUCAAGACUGCUAAUCUCGAAGACAACCUACGGGUAAUGUCCAACAGCUUACAGGACACGAUGCUGGACCCUGGAAUUCACCUCGGUCUCUUUGCUGUCCGAGCCCGACUAGACAACCGCGGAUUCGACGUUCUAGUCAGAAAGGAAGCGCGCAACCUCCUCCCGACCACGAAGCUAUCCUUGGAGCGGCUCGAGGAGUGGCAGGUGGUUUUCCUGCGCCGCCUGGAGGGUCUGAACUUUGCUGCUGCUGUGGAGAAACUAGACCGAAUGAAAGGGGACUGUUCGCCACAGGAGGCACAGCUAGUACGCAUCCUCCUGAACGCCAUGAAAGUGUUCCGAAGCUCAAUCAGCGAUCCGGUUUUCGACACGGCAACUCUGUCGUCGACAAUCGUUCGCGUACCCUGUCGUCCAGCCACUGAUGUCGCUCGGCCGAUGAACUGCUCCCUCCUCACAUUCAGCAUGGUGCUGCCAAUCCACGCCGGACCCACUGUGCACAAGUUCAAGUUCAUCCCCCUCCAGUUUUUCAAGACGCACCAGCUCGUAUACAAGAACUCACCAUACCACGCUGCUUUCGCGCGGGACGUGCACCGCGAGAUGUCAUCUGUGCUGAACUCAGUGUCAGUCGGCCCUCCGCCACUCGUUCGCUCGGGGACGUCACCCCCCGCGCGCCGAAUGAUGUCGCCUUUCUCCAGACUCAGACGUCAACAAGGGAAGUACCGCUUCGGCGCCGUCGAUGCGGCGGGCAACAUCAUCUCGACCAGUCAAGAGCGCCUUUCGACGACGAUCUUCGACAAACUGAGCAUCAAGAGCAGCCAGGAGCACGACCCAAUGUCGCCAAUGCUGCUGGGCGGAGAGAAACUGUCAGAUGAUGGGCAAGCGCUUCCAAUGGGGUAUCCUCAGCACCACCAGCAACUACGGCUCGGUGGGAUCAUGGUCUCGCAGGAGAUUACUGUUGACGUUCAGGAAGUCAGCAGAGUUGAGCCGAGGAGUCUUCCGGCGGCAUAUACGCCCAGCGAUCACCGACGGAUUCCAACGGUGUUGGUACGGUGGAAGGGUAACCAGGGGGUGGCGGGUAAAGGCGACAGGACGAAUCGUGAAAGUCUCGGGAGUGGUGGGGGACCCGGGGAGCAGGAGUCUGCUAUCGAGAUGAAUGACGUGACUGGUGUUCUUCGUUUCGGGUCGUCGAAUGUCGAAGUCAAGAAGGAGGAUGAAGAGGUCACUUUCGUAGAGGAACUGUUUGCAGCCUGCAUGGGUGAGAUAGUGAAAUAAUGCCUAAUACAGAAGCAACUAAAAAUAUCCGGACAUCAGCUCGGCCUCUGAGUUGUACCGAAUGAC